CCCGCGCGCUCUGCGGCUGCAGUUGGGGGGAGGCGGCGGCGGCGGCGGCUGUGGGCUGAGCGCGGGGUGCAGGCGAUCGCCGUCGGGGCUCGGGCGGCGGCAGUGGGCGCAGGCUCCCCGGUGCCCGCCCCUCCGCUCCGGGGGGGCGCGAGCGGGCGGCCGGGGGGGGGGGCCGGCACCGUCGCCGCAAAAUGAGCCUGCUGUCGGCCAUCGAUACGAGCGCCGCCUCGGUGUACCAGCCGGCCCAGCUGCUCAACUGGGUCUACCUGUCGCUGCAGGACACGCACCAGGCGAGCGCCUUCGAUGCCUUCCGGCCCGAGCCGCCCGCCGGCGCCGCGCCCCCAGAGCUGGCCUUCGGCAAGGGCCGCCCAGAGCAGCUGGGCUCGCCCCUGCACUCCAGCUAUCUCAACAGCUUCUUCCAGCUGCAGCGCGGAGAGGCGCUGAGCAGCAGCGUGUACAAGAGCGCCUCGCCCUACGGCUCCCUCAACAACAUCGCCGACGGCCUCAGCUCCCUCACCGAGCACUUCUCCGAGCUGACCCUCACCUCUGAGACCCGCAAGCCCAGCAAGCGGCCCCCGCCCAACUACCUGUGCCACCUGUGCUUCAACAAAGGACACUACAUCAAGGACUGCCCCCAGGCACGCCCCAAAGGCGAGGGUCUGACCCCGUACCAGGGCAAAAAGCGCUGCUUUGGCGAGUACAAGUGUCCCAAGUGCAAGAGAAAAUGGAUGAGCGGGAACUCCUGGGCCAAUAUGGGGCAGGAGUGCAUCAAGUGCCACAUCAACGUGUACCCACACAAGCAGGUGAGCCGGGCGAGGGGCGGGGGAGCGGGAGCAGGUGAGGCAGAAGGACCGGGGGAGGGGAGCUUUUCCCUUACUGAGCCUCAGACGAUGGGGAUGGGACCAGAUCUAUCCAAGUUAGCCCUUUCUUUCCUUGUCUCAUAGGAAGUGGGGGGGAGAGGGCUUGUUUCUCCAGGAAGGGAAGGAAGAUAAAGGGGCAACUGUACGAAGACCCUGAGACCACAGACCCCAGUGAAUUUUGAAAGUAACGAACUGCAACCGUGACACAAAGAGGGAUACGCAGGCGGCGGGAUGCUGUAGAAAAGUGCAUUUUGUUGGUUCUUCGCCCAGUUGGCGCAUGUUUACAAGGUGGAUACUGGGUGCCAGAUACUGUGCAACGCGGCUGGUGGCCAAGGGCCGGCCUGCCCUGCUGGGAGGGGGUUGAGGCAGCUCGUCCCAGGCAGCACUCACUUACUGCAGGCUGCAGAGAGGAGGCGGCAUUUACUCUGGGGCCUGAAGCAGGGGAGGAAGCUAGACCUGUCACCAGAGGGAGGAUGGUCAUCCUGGGAAGAGGGUACAGCAAAUGCUAAUGCCCUGAGACUGUUGGACUGGAGAUGCUCAAGGCUGAAAGCUCAGUGAAGGAACAGGAGAGUGGAGUGGGAGAUAUGGGAGAGCUAAAUGGAGCAGUCACCAGAGGAAUUCGGGGGGCCCUACAAGGAAGCCCCCAGCAACAGGGCUUUCAGCUUCAUUUUGAGCUGAUUGCUUUGGUUGUGUGUAGAGACUGGCCUAGAGGGGCUGGGAGACUGGGGAGACCAGCAGGAAAGCCAUGGCCAUAGUCCCGGGCGAACCGAAGGAGGUCUGAACUCAGGUGGUGGCUCUGGAUUUGGGUCCAACACAGAGCAUCACGGGAUGGGAUGUGAAAGGUGAGGGGGGGCCAGGAAUCCAGGAAUGAGAACAAUCACGCUCUGGCUUGAGCUCCUGAGUGGAUGGAGGUGGUCGUGACCAAGGUGGGCAGCCUGGGCUGGGGGCAGUUGGGAUGGGACAUAGGUGUCCUAGAUAAAGGCAAGAGAUCUCUAAUACAUGCUACAUUUGAGAUGUUCCUGAAAAUCCAGGUCUAGACGUCAAGAGGGCAGUUGGGUUUGUUAUUCUGAAGCUCGUAUGAGAAGUCAAGGUGGUUCACCGGGAAUUGGGUACCAUUGGCCUAAAGGUAUUUAGGGAAUGAUGAGAUUUCCUGCAGAAUGUGGGUAAAGUAGCGAAGGGAUUCCCCAGACCAUGUGUUGUGGAAUCCCAGCAUUCGGAGGUCAGAUGGAGGAGAAGCAUCCAGCGAGGAGGGGGACCAAGGAGCGUGGAGUCCUGGGGGUGGGAGGGUGGCAGUACAGGGGGUGGCUGGUGCUGAGAUGUCAGGUGUAAUGACCAUGGAGAAGGGCCCUUGAGGUUUGGUAAUAAGGAGGUGGUCCCGAAACUUUGGAGGGCAUCACUUUUACCUGGAGCACUUUUUGAGCUGCCACCAAGCUCUGAGACCCACUGAAGCCGAUGCCCUUUAGGUCGGACAUGAGGCGGAGGGGAGAUGUUAAUUCACAGCGGAUCUGUUGGCCAGGGCAGUGUCCAUGGUGGUGGAGGUUCCCUGGGCCAGGCCGCAGAGGAAAUACCUUCACUGUCCACUUUUGCAAAGGGCAUUGAUUGUGGAGAGAAGCAGAGAAAUGGGACAGUAGCUAGAGUAGGGACGGUGGCGUUGAGAUGGGUGUUCUGAAGAUGGGAGAGCCUGGAGCACAUUAUAGGCAAAUGAGAAUGACCCAGAAGAAAGCAAAAGGCUGAUGAUAAAGGGACAAGAGGGGGAUGCCUUAUCAUCAGCCCAGGAGGGAGGGAGGUGGGGGAUGAUUGGGGACGGUUGUGCGUUUGAUGGGGCAGAGAAGGGGGACCUCACUUCCAGGGCUUCUGUUUUCUCAGUGAAAUGGGACAUGAGGUUUUCAGCUAAAAGUCAGAGUGAGGAGGGGUGUGGUGGGCUUGGGGAAGGACAAGGGAGGAAGCAAACCUAAUAGAGAAACAUAGCCGGACUGGCAAGCAGCAUGCCAGCCCAGGGGGCGCUUCGAGAUCAUAACUGUCACCCAAGCCGUCAGCCCGGUUCUGUGACUUGGCCAGUAGUGCUCACUGCACAGGUGUGGGCCAGAGAUGGUGUUACAGGGGUUCGGGGACAGAGGUGUGCCAGAUGAGUGUUUCAGAGGGAAGAGUUCAAAGAGUCAGGUGUGAUGUUGGAAGAGUGUGGUCCUGGGCUGUGAGCUGGACGGCUGGGAAGGGAAGCCAGAGGGGCCCUGAUGGAGAGGCGGGGCCCGGACUGGGGGGAGUGCGGGACCCCAGAGCCGGACAGAGAGCAGGUUUCUGAAGGCCAAGUCCAGGCUCUGGCUGAGGGGAUGGUGGGAGACACGGUCACUGCCGGUGAGGUAGUUGGGGUAGGGGGAGCGGGGGUUGGGGCGAGCCUUCCCUGUGUGAGCUGAGUCACCAAGACGGAUGGCAGGAGCGGGGGCGGGGGGUGGGGGCGGGCAGAGGAGGCCACAGGGAAAGGGAGGCAGGAGGAUGGGGGAGGAUCCGCCGAGGCAGUGACGUCAGGCUGAGCUCCGAGGGGCAGUGGAGGGUCAGCAGACGAAGGGGACUGGGGUGGGAGUGGCAGAGAGGGGAGGGUGCGCUUCUGGUGAGGGAACAGCACGUGCAGAGUGGAGAGGACAGGGGCCCAGCCGAGCACUGGAGGAGCUGAGGGGUGAAGCAAAGUGCGGAAGGAGGGGCCGGGCUGCCUUGGGCUGGCUCAGAGGCCAUGGCAUGGAAUUUGGUCUUUAUCCUACUAGGAGCGUCUGGGAGUUGUCCAAGAGGACUCUUGUGGUUGAAACAUUUUGUGAUUUUAUGACCCUCGUGCAGGCCUCCUUUGCCUCUGUGUGCAGACUCUUCAUCCUCCUGCCCCCAAGGGUUUCCAUGGUUGCCAUCACCCACACUGUCACACACAGGCAAAUAGAUGGGAAGCUGGCCAUGCAGCCCAGUGGACAAGGGGCUCCUUAGUGCAGGGGGCCUGGCCCACAACCUAAUGGCACCAAGGGAGACACCAAGGCUCUGGAGCGCCAAGACAGGCUUGAUGACCCAGUGGCUGGGCACAGGGCACGUGAUAUGCACGUAGUGUUGUAGGAGCAUGUCGGGGCUGGGGCUGAAGGCGGGCAGUGUAAAGGAGCCACGGCACCUGGAUCCUGAAGUCUUCCUGGCAAUUCCUGAGUUGGUCUGGAACCCCAGUUCAAAAGCACCUCCCCAAAUGUCUGACUGUCAGCACGCUCGCCCUCGUUGAACUCUGCUCCCCCAGGGCCCUUGUGCGUGGCCCGUGCUGUCAGAGGGGUUCCUACUUUCUCUCAUUGGACACACUUUGUUGACGGCUGCUCGCCAGGUCUGUGCAGGCUCUGAAGGAAGACGAAGGUCAGGGGGCUGCCUGGCUUUCCAGGAGCUUCCUCUGCAACCCAAGGGACAGGAUUUCAUCAGACAGGGUUAGCAACUGGCGUUCAGAGAACUCCUCUUCUGAGUCGCAGGUGUGGUCACCCUCCGGGUGCCGUUUGCUGAGCCCCUGCACACCCUUCAUGUGUGCUCUGCCCUUAGACCGGGUGUCCUGUUCACUGGGAGGGAACGUGCAGUCCUGAGAAGCCACGUGGCCUUUCCAGGGCCCCCAGGUGGAAGUGGUGCCUUGGCGUUGAACUUGCACCUGUGUCUGGAGCCCGGCCCUGAGGCCAGGCAGGCCUCCGUUGGUGUCCCAGCUCAUGCUCUCUGAACUGGGUGGGCUGGAGCAAAGCGCUGGGCUGGGCUCCGAGCACAGGAGAGAAGAGGGGUGCUGUAUGUGCGUCUCAGUCACUGGAGACUGGCAGGAAUUGGGGAAGUUGUGACAGCAGUGUGCGGUGGCCAGGCACUCCUCUGCGUAUACCUUUAUACCUUUAUCCUCUCAGCCACCCCAUGAGGUCAGCUCUAUUGUCUCCCCAUUUUACAGAGGAGGAAACUAAGGCAAAGGGCAUAAGUGACUUACCCAAGGUCAGUAGAGAAGCUGGAACUCAUGAAGAGGGAUCAAGUUUGGGGCUGGAGGAAAACAUGGAACCUGGAGGGGACAGAUGAGUGGCCUGGGGGAAGCGGGGGCAGGGGGAACAGCAAGGGCAGGUCAGGGUGGCUGGCUGGGGAGGGGAGCUGGGAAUGGGCCAGUUCCUGCAGUGGCUCAGACGUAUGGUGCUUGGGGCUGUGCUAGGGUCUGGGAGGCUCAGUCCUCAUGACUCUCACACCUCUGUGACCUAAUCAGAGAGGCAGGGCCCAGGCCAUGCACCAAAGUCCACCAGGACCCAACUCUCCAGUGUGGCUCCAGCCUCCUUGGCCGCACCCCUGUAUUGCCCUAGCACCCCUUCCAUGAUGCCGGGCCCGUACCCCCAUCCCCCAGGCUGGCAGUGGCCUCUCCUGCUUCGUCUCCAUCCUGCGAAGCUCAGUCCAAGCACAGCCUCCCUGACCAUCACCUCCCCGUCUCCACACUCAGGAUCAGAGUCUCCCAGGCCCAGUGAGGAAGAAUCUUCCAAGGGCGUGUGGCUCUGCUUUUCCUUCUCCUCGUCAUUCAGCCCUUGUUUGUUGAGCACCUACUGUGUGCAGCGGGGAGACUGAGGCCCAGAGAGGAGGUGGGACUUGAGCAAGGUCACUCAGCCAGUCAGGGGGGCCUGGGACCGGGUCUCCCCUUGCCUCACCCCCCAACCUCCUGUCACAGGGCUCUUCUCCCUCAGGGAAGUGGCAAGCUGGGCUGAGGGCAGAGGGGGUGGUGGCCCUGCCGAGCUCCCCAGCAGUCAGGAGCCUUUGAAGAGCUGAGAGGAGGGGCUCAGAGCCUCUGUCCCCCCAUACUCUCCCUGCCCCCCACGGUGGAGAGGGGUUGCUUUAUUUCUACUGCGCCCUGAGCUCUGACCUGUGUGGUAUCCAUCUCCUGAGAACCCUCCACUUCCCCUCCCCUCCCUCCUCUACCACAUCUGUUUCCCGUCAGCCUCCAGCUGCGGCUCCCCCCUGCCAGCCCUGCCCCCCAUGAGAAGAAAACACUAAUGGGCUUUGCCUCACUGCGGGGGGUGGGGAUGGCCCUGGGGUGAUCAAUCCCAGCUGCUGACUGUUUUUCCCUCGCAGAGGGGAGUCGCCUUGACAGCUUCCCCAGCUCCUCCACCCAGUGCCUGGGCAGGGCUGAGCCAGGACCCGUGGAGGGAAGGGGCGCUGACAGGGUCAUGGCCAAGGAGCGGGGAUGGCCAGGAUGUUGCAAGUGCAUUUCCACAGGGACUCAGCUGGUUCCCCUGUUCCCAGCCCGCUCCCUCUACAUAAUAAUAAUAGCAAUAAUACAUGAUAUUAAUACUGAUCAACACUGCUCUUUAUGUACCAGGCACUGUUCUAAAAACUUGGCAUAUAUUAACUUAUUUACUCUUCACAACAACCCUAUCAAGUAGGUACCCUUAUUAGCCCAUUGUGCAGAGGAGAAAAAUUGAGGCACCGAGAGGUUAAGUGACUUGCAAGAGGUCACACAGCAAUUAUAGAGUCUUACAGAGCUUUUUAUGGUUAGAAACUACCUUAAGACAGUCAUCUCGUUUACUUCUCUCCCUAUCACACGUACAGCAAAUGUUAUUAAACGCCCCCAACCCAAGUUACAGAAGGGCAAGUUAAGGUUCUAAAGGAGAAAGUUCUCUCCCAACAGUCCUUGGCAGGUAGGUAAAGCUGCAGGCCUCUGGCAGGGCCUUUAAUGUCUUGGAGCCUCGGUUUCCUCAUCUGUAAUAUAUGAGGAUGAUAAUAUUCCCCUCACAGGACGUUAGGUUGUAUGAUUUAUGUGGCCGUGCUUUGCAAAGUGUAAACCACAGGCAGCAAGGGUGGCGUCAGGCCUGCUUGCUCUGGUCUCUCCGGCCCCACUUGGAAGAUGGGUUCGGGGGCGGGGCUCGGACCAGCAUGAAGAGUCCGGGAGGGGAGCUGGACAUCAGGCUGGGUUUAGUCUGGGGGAGGAAAGACUUCAGAGCUGCUCACAUUGGACCUAUGGGGGCCAGCAGAGAGUCUGCAUGGCCCCUGUGUGGCUGGGAUCACUGGGAUGGGCGUACAGGGACCCAGACUUCAGCCCAAGAUCGUGAAGUGCAGGCAAUGGGCUGAGCCGGUGAGCUCAGCCGCCGGGGAGCUCUCCAGCGCUGGGGUGUGUAGGCCAUGCCCUGGGAUACUGUAGGUGUGUAUCAAGAUGUCUGGAGGGCAGGGGAUGUGACCUUCCCAGGUCUUUCAGCUUGGAAUUGUGGCUUCAACUUUCAGUGGCCCUCUACCAGCUGGUAUUCCCCUCCUAUUAGUAAUAAUAAUAAACAACAUUAAUAACUUUUAUGUGCUAUGCGCUUUCUAUUUGUGAUCUCCCUUGAGUGGUAACAACAGUCUCGUGAGAAAAGUGUUACUGACAUCUCCUUUUACAGAUGAAGAAGUGGAGGAUCAGAGAGGUCAGGUGGCUUGCCCAAGGUCACACAGCUCAUAGGUAGUUUGAGUCCAGGUUUGACAUGAAGCCAAACUCUUUCUCCUUUCCCCUGGCUAGGAAAGCCCGUCAUUUAAAGCUUACUGAGAUGAAGCCAAGGCUCCUGCCCUAUUUCCAUGUCUUCCCAGUGUGGCUUUAGGCCUGGAAGCACAGGGAUGGGCUUUAUGACCCUGGAUCAGAACCCUGCCCACCCACAGUCCAUACACUCGCUUUCUAGAGCCCUCUGACUCGUCCAUUCUCUCCUCUGAGUGUCAGCUUCAGGCCAGGCACUGCAUAAUCAGGCAGAAAAGUUGGUGCGCUACUUUUGAGCUGUUUGCAGCCUGUCCAAGGGGUAGCGCUCACGCUCAGCUCCCCUCCAGGACCGUUCUGGGUCCUGGUCACUGGCACCAAGGCUCCCUUGGCUCACACCAGACUGCAGUUCCUGCCCCCUGUCCUCGGCAAGUGGCUCCCAGCUGGCCCUGAUCAGCUUCCUUUGAGUUCCCCGGAGUCCAUGCAGAGGACCCUGCUACAGGUAGGGGUUCUGGGCUGGGGCUACGGCUGCCAGCCAAGAAACCGUCUGCCUCGGGAGGUGUGCCUAAUAACCUCCGUACAUUUUCCAGAGAAACAAGCUCGCUUUUGAGAGCCAGGAUGCGAGGUACAGAGGGAGCAGGGAAGCCCCCUGUGUAACAGAAACGUGCUUGUAUGUGCCAAACGCCACUCAGUUUACAAGCAUCUAGACAUCUGACUCCACCCUGUAAACGAGCUGCAACAAUGGCCCACUUUACAGAUGUGGAAACCGAGGCUCUCUGAGGCCACACUCUGAGUGAGUAGCCUCAGAGGUCUGGCAAGUCACCUCCCUUCUCUGGACCUCAGUUUCCCUGUUCAGAAACACCUAGCCACUCCACUAACGAGGCAGGCACUGUGCCAGGCCCUGGGAUGUGGGAUGAAUCAGAACACUGGCUGCUGACGUCACAGAGCUAAGGGCUCGCUUACCCAAAGCCUGAAACACUGUGACCCCGUCCAGGUUAAACUCCCCUUGAGUAUUGAGGCCGCAGGAUCAGGUGUGGUGGUGACAAGUGGCCUGGGAGGAAGCAGUGGAUGCUGGGAAUCAGGAGAUGCGGCUUGGGUCUCCCUUGCGCUGGGCCUCAGUUUCUUCAUCUGGAUAAUGUCUGUGCCCCGCUGUGCUGCCUCCGUCUCGGGCAUUCGUGAGCUUCAGGUGGUGGCUGCUCAGAGAGUACUGGCGGGGGUGGAGUUGGGGGGCAAAGUGGCAUGUAGACCUGGGGCUCUGUGUGCAAGACCUCCUCCCAAAGCACUGACCCCAGCCCGAGGCCUCAGCCUAUGCCUCCCAGGAUGCAGGACUCAGGACACUCGGGUUGCCUGCAGCAAGCAAGAAGCAGGAAGGGUCCUGGGCGCUUUGGGAAACAACCUCUGAUGACAGACGCCUGCGCUCUCUCUCUGGGCCCUCCCUGUCUGUCUCCCUCCUCCUGUCUGUCUCGAGCACUCUCUUGCCUCUCUCCGCAUCUGCCUCACUGUCACUGCUCCUCUGGUAUUUCUUUCUUUCCCCUCCCUCCUCCCCACCCUCGGGCCCGCUUCCUCCUUCCUCUCUGCAGAGACCCCUGGAGAAGCCCGAUGGCCUGGACGUGUCCGACCAGAGCAAGGAGCACCCCCAGCACCUGUGCGAGAAGUGCAAGGUGCUGGGCUACUAUUGCCGGCGCGUGCAAUGACCCGGCCGCCUGCUGGGCCCCGCCGCCCUCCUGCCAGCCAGAGAAGACGCCACCCCCCUGCGUGUCCCCUGUGUGCGCGGGGGCGUCCUCGCAGGCUUACAGGUCUAGGGGGUGGGCUCUUGGCUCAUGUAUGUUGACAAACAGUGUUACUGACGUAGCUGCGCCCCCAGAAGGCCGGGUCUCUGCGACUCUCUACGGGGGGCCCUGGGUCUGUGUGGAGGGAAUAGGGCAAGCAGAGGUCAGCGCACAAGACCACACAGAGCCCUUGGUGUCCCCGCAGGCUCUCCUCUGAGACUCCCUUUGGGGUGAGCAGCCUUGUAUUGGCCACGAGUGCACUAAAUUUACUGUGAAUCCCGGAGCCUGCAGGGGACUGUCUCCCCAAGACCGGCCAGGCCGCUUUUCCCACCCAGAACCUUCCAGUUUGCCCUGUGUGAAAAGCCACUCUCAGAAAGCCCUAAUUUUCUGUCUAAGUCAGCACUCAUGGCAAGCUGACACCUGUUCUCACAGCUGCUGGGGAGCGGGCAUCUCUGCCCCCUGCCACUUUGAGCCCCAAACCUGACCGCCUCUGCCGUCACUGGCAUUGCACCUGGGCGCCGCACCCUGCCCCCCACCAUAGACCCAGAGGUCAGGCACGGGGAGGCACUGAAUGUUGGACAGUGUUCCAAGGUGUGACCUAGGGCACAUCAGGCAAUGCCUCCCCCCUCUCCCAGCACCUACUGCCCCCACUUGCUAGGAUUUUGUCAGCCCCAUUCCCUUCCCCUCUCCCUCCCCUCCCACCCACGAUAGGGGGCCACUCCCUGAUGGAGGCCACAGGACCCAGCAGGGAAGCCACUCUGGCAGGAAGGACACAGGCCAGGCAGAUCAAAGACCCCGGUUUUAAUGCUGGCCUCGCGCCGACACACUGUGGAGCCUGGGAAGGAUUCUCAUCUCUCUGCUUCGCUACUAGUUAAGUGACAGAGACAGCAGAGAGCCGAGAGGCCCGUUUCUGUUCUGAUGUUCUGGGAUUCAGCCUGGCUGUGUGCCAUCUCCUGGAGCAGAAAGCUUUAUUUGGACGGUAUCCCCAGGUCCCGUGCCCCCAGUAUCACCCGUCAGUCGGUCACUUAAGAAGUCACGCGGAGGGAUCCCGUCCUCCCCUGUCGCCCCUGCAGGCCCAGCCCUGCCUGCUGUCCCCUACCCUGCAAACGUGAAGGAGAGGGUUUCCCCCACCCCAAGACAAGCUACAGAACCUCUCGUUUGCAAAGUGGGGAUAAUGAUUCCUACCUCCCGAGGUGGGGAGAGGCCUCUUGGCGUUCACACUGGUCAGGGCGACGUUGUCCUGGCUAGUGGGGGGAUCGCCUUCCUCUUUGCUCCCUCCCCAGUGAGAAGUCCUAUUUUUAUUGUCGUAGCACCCUUCCUUUCUCCCAGGGGAACCGGCUGUCAGAGCUGGGUCACUUGAUUUUGCCCCAACAUUAUGCCUCUGUGGAAAAAAAAAAAAUCAGACCACGAAAUGGGCCUGAAAUUCAGUGUUUACCACGGCUCAAGGACACCCAACCCGUGUCCAGUUGCCUUUUGUUUUCAAAUGAAAAUGCUUUGUACAACUGAGGAGUUACAGCAAAGUGUUAAUCAGGGGUCCAGGGAGUGAGUCGAAGAGAUGGAGUGAGUGCGUUUGCAGCCAGAGGGCUGCAGUGUAGAUUUGGGCAGGGGGGUGGGGGGGGCCAUGCCCUCUGAGCAUUUAAGAAGGGUGUAUUUGCUCCAGCCUGAGCCCUGUAGCGGCCUCCCUCCGGCCUGCCCCUGACUGUGAACACGCUCACCGCCCACUGAGGAAUCCCUCCCAGCUGCUCCCUGCCUGCUCCAGGGUGUCAAGGUGAGCCAGAGUCACCCUGUUCCAGGGCUCUCUGUCCCCAAGGAGAAGCUGUUGCUGUCAGUCAUCCUAGUGCCCUGCUAACGAGAACAUUCGCAGUGGUGGGCAGUGUGCUGGCCUCUGCUGCAAGGACCAGGUCUCAACCCUUCCAGGGACCUGGCUCCACAGGGGGACCUUGGCCUCAGGUACCUGGGCUGCAGUCAUGGGGCAAGCCCACACCUAAGAAAGAACCCAGGCUCCAGACCCCUUGAGGCCAGGGCCUUCCACAGGCCAAGAGGAGAAGGGAUAUCACCCCAAAGUGACCUUUGCAGUGGGUUUGUCCAGCUGGCAGCCCCCGCCAUCUGUGCAGAGCUGGCCACCGCAGGGGCUGGGCCCUCCCUAUGAGGCAGCCCUUCCACACCGCCCCCUCCUGCACUGUUUGGCUGAAUUUGGGAGCUCUGUGUGCUCAGCGAAAGCCACUGCUGUCCAGGCUGGUGCUGUGAGAAUCAAGUGCUCAGAGGGCCUGGACACCCAGGAGACAAGAAAUUGUGUGGUUUUAGUACGUUCAAAGGGACAAUCGCUUGCAGCUAGUAGAUCUAGCGAUCCAGUUGGGAGAGAACGGUGUUUACCCCAUAAGAAGUAUUCAAUAGUUCUACUUGUGAAUUUGUAUUUAUUUUGAGUUAUACUUGACACAGAAUUCCUUUUUUUUUUUUUUUAAAGAAAAAAUACUAUGUGUGUAUUUUGAAACGAAAAUUCAUGGAUGUUAAAAUUUCUGCAUGGUUUCCAAUUUUUCUCACAACACUGAAUUUGUUACCUUCUCCCGAAAAAUCUUCACAGUGAUUUUUGUCUGUAUAUAUUUGAGGGCUUUUUUUAAAAAAAGAAAAAGAAAAGAAAAAUAUGAUUGCCUGAUUUUUGAGAUUAAAGUAAACAAAAAGAGAGGCAUUUUCAAAACUUCAGAGCUUUCAGGAGGGCAAUAGAAUAUCAAAUGAAGAUUUCUGGAAGUAUUUUUUGCAAAUCUUCUGGUUGAGCUGCAAGAAAAUAUUUAUGGUGAGAACUAUUCUCUUUUUCCUGUUGGUUUUUUUUGGGGGGGUUGAUUUUUUACUAUGCUUUGGUCUGUAAAAAGUCUGCAACUGAAUUACAUUAAGAAGGAAAUAUUGUCUACAUAGAUUAUUAUAUGAAGUUGGUACAUAAUUCUGAUGAGGAAAAAAAACUUUGCAAUUCUUUAAGCCAUAUUAUUGUUAUUCUCUGUUGUUAUCCCUGGAUAAAAAUAUCAGUAUUAAGUAGCCAGCAUAUUAUUCAAGUGCUUAGACUUAUUAUUAAUAUGUUCUUGUCCUGUAUUUAUACAUAUGUGUAUUUGGGAAAGUACUGCCUUUUUUUAAGGGAAGCUAUUAUUAGAUACUUGGUGAAAAAGGGAAUGGUGAGCCCUUCGAGCCUCUUCAGCUGAGGAUAACACAGCAUUAUAAUCCAUUCUCUUGCACCUUCUUAUUAUUAUCUUGUUAUUAUAGUUAUUAAACUUGUGGGGGGCAGGAGUGUGCCUGGGGAGGAGAGGGCGUGAGGCUCACUAGCCCCACCAUGGUCGGCCAGCUCCAAAGAUGGUCUCCUUGGCCUGGUCCAGGGCUCCCGGUCAGCAGGGCCCAAGGAUGGAAGAGGAAGCAGGAGGCGGACUUCUCCAGCCGCCCCCUUUGGAGCUUUGCCAUCUGAGCCAUGCCUUGGUGCCCUAUGCUCUUUGAACUUGGAUUUGUCACCCAGAGCCCUUACACCUGCCCUCCAACAUCUAAUGGACUUGAAUCUACUCUAAACGAAUAUUUAAUCCAGCAUCACUACAUCGUAGCCCAGUGUGACAACUAACCCUGGAGUUUGGGAGGCGUCCGGCCUUCGGGGGAGUUCAUCGCUCUCUGUUGCCAACCUCACCGUUCGACCUCCUCCACUCCUGUGUGGUGACCCUGUCCGUGUCUGUAUCUGUUAAUACGUGUGUGUCCAGCUAAAAAGACAAACAGAACCCGUGGGUCAGCUCGGAGGGUGCGUGGAGAAGCCUCCCGACCUCUCCCGAGGGCCGCCCUUGGGAUGGCAUUCCGUUGUGUGCCUUAUUCCUGGAGAAUCUGUAUACGGCCUACCUAUAGAAAUAUAGCCUUUUCAUGCUGUAUUAAAAGAACUUUUAAAAGCAA